UCUCGGGAGAGUUGCCCUUUCAGCCAGGUGGCUGGGGUGCGGGUGAGAGUUGGCUGGGGCCGCCUGUGCACGGCUGGCAGGUGCACGGAGUCAGCACAUUGGUGUCUUGUGUCGGGGCCAGAGGGUAGGAAGUGUCUCCCCUGGAACGUCAGCCUGAGCCGCUGGAAUCCACGGAUCGUUGUGAAAGGAUGAGAUGACCGUCUCCAGAGUUAUAAGACAGGGUGCGAUGUAGGCGGGGAGACUGCGGAGGAGACGACCACGAUAGAACCAAGGAGAAUUAUGGUAGGGGCUGGACUAGGGUGGUUUCGGGACAGGGGAAAUACGAAGAGAUUCUCCUUCAAAGAAGGAGCAGUUGGAUUCCCUCAUUUGUAAAAUACGAUUGUAAGCAAAGGCGGGAAUGAAACACCAUCCCAAAGUUUUUGCCCGAAUAUCUGAAAAAGCACGUAGAUGGGCAGGUUGCUGCAAUGAGCAGGUUCGGGGAGUAAGAUGGUGAGUUGUUCUUGGACAUGUUGGUCCCAAGAUGUUUCGAGAUCACCAUAUGGUUCACCAAAUGGAGACACUAUACGUGGAGGAGAAGGGCCCCAUGGCAGCGGCAGAAAUGCUUACGGACCCUGAACAGGGCCGUGUGGUCUUUGAGGACGUGGCCAUAUCUUUCUCCCAGGAGGAGUGGGGGCUCCUGGAUGAGGCUCAGAGACGCUUGUACCAUGCCGUGAUGACGGAGAUCUUGGCACUUUUGACCUCACCAGGUUGUUGGCAUGGAGCCCAGGAUGAGGAGGCACGAUCUGAGCAAGCUCUUUCUGUGGCAGUGUCACCAGCCAGGACUCCAGAGCCAGAUCCAUCCACGAGGACGGCCCGGCCAUGUGAGAUGUGUGACCCACUCUGCAAAUGCCUUGUGCGCCUGCCCAAGCAGGAUGGAAUGUACCCUGAUCGAGGGCCACACGUUGGUGUGACAAACCUUUUCCAGCAGGAAAAGCAUCAGGUUAGAGAUAAACUUUCCAGAAGGGAUGAGGGGCAGCCUUCCUGUCUGACAAAGAGCAGCAUUCACAUAGCAGAUGGGACCUCGACAUGCACAGGAGAUGGGAAGGACCUCCCAGGCAUCACAGGCCUCCUGCAGCAGCCGGGCCCUCACAGUGUGGGGAAGCCACACAGGGACACUGCGUGUGGGGACGCCUUUGGUGGUGGACAGCGUGACUACAGGUGCACUCAGUGUGGGAAAGCCUUCAGCCGAGAAAAGAUACUUGUUGAGCACCAGAAAAUCCACACUGGUGUAAGGCCUUAUGAGUGCAGCAGCUGUGGGCUGGCCUUUGUUCGAAAGUUUCACCUUGUUCAGCACCAGAGAAUCCACACUGGAGAAAUGCCUUUUCAGUGCAGUGAAUGCGGGAAAUGCUUUAGGUACAACUCCACACUCAUUAGUCAUCAGAGAGUUCACCGUGGUGGAGUAAGGUCUUAUGAGUGCAGCAAAUGUGGGGAAUUCUUCAAAUACAAUGCCAAUUUUAUGAAACAUCAGCGAAUUCACAAUGGAGAAAGGCCUUAUGAGUGCAGAGAAUGUGGAAAGUUUUUCAGGUACAACUAUCGAUUGGUAAGACAUGGCCGAGUUCAUACUGGAGAAAGGCCCUACGAGUGCAGUGAAUGUGGGAAAUUUUUCAGGUACAGUUCCACAUUCAUUAGACAUCAGAGAGUUCACACUGCAGAAAGGCCAUAUAAGUGUAACGAAUGUGGGAAAACAUUUAGGUACAACUCCACACUCAUUAAGCACCAGAGAGUUCACACUGGAGAAAGGCCUUAUGAGUGCAGUGAAUGUGGGAAAUUCUUUCGGUACACCUCUACCCUCAUUAGACAUCAAAGAAUUCAUACUGUAGAGAGGCCCUAUGAGUGCAGCUUGUGUGGGGAAUUCUUCAGGUGCAAGUCCAAGCUUAUUAAACAUUGGCAGAUUCACACUGGAGAAAGGCCUUCUGAGUGCAGUGAAUGUGGGAAAUUCCUUAAGCAUAACUCCACACGCAAUAAACAUCAGAAAGUUUACAGAGGAGAAAGGCCUUAUAAGUGCAGUGAAUGUGGGAAAUUCUUUUUUUUUUUUUUUUGUCUUUUGUCUUUUUUGUUGUUGUUUUGUUGUUGUUGUUGUUGUUGUUGCUGCUGCUAUUUCUUGGGCCGCUCUCGCGGCAUAUGGAGGUUCCCAGGCUAGGGGUUGAAUCGGAGCUGUAGCCACCGGCCUACGCCAGAGCCACAGCAACGCGGGAUCCGAGCCGUCUCUGCAACCUACACCACAGCUCACGGCAACGCCGGAUCAUUAACCCACUGAGCAAGGGCAGGGACCGAACCCGCAACCUCAUGGUUCCUAGUCGGAUUCGUUAACCACUGCGCCACGACGGGAACUCCGAAUGUGGGAAAUUCUUUAAGCAUAACUCCACACUCAAUAAACAUCAGAAAGUUUACAGAGAAGAAAGGCCUUAUAAGUGUAGUGUAUGUGGAAAAUUCUUCAGGUAUAAUUCUGUAUUCAUUAAACAUCAGAGAGUUCACCCUAGGGAACAGCCUUGUGAGUGCAGUGAAUGUGCAAAAUUCUUUAGGUACACAUCCACACUCAUUAGACAUCAGAGAAUUCAUACUAUAGAGGGGCCUUAUGAGUGCAGCUUGUGUGGAGAAUUCUUUAAGUACAAGUCCAGGCUUGUUAAACAUUGGCAAAACCAUCCUGCAGGUACCACUGCAGACUCAUCAUACAUAAGUGCAGUGACUGUGGGAAAUUCUUUCAGUAUAGCUCCAACCUUGUUACACACUGGAGAAAUCACACUGGAGAGAGGCCUUAUGAGUGCAGUGAAUGUGGGAAAGCCUUUAGCCACAAGAGUAUACUUGUUCAACAUCAGAAAACCCAUAUUCAAGAAAGGCCUCAUGAGUGCAGUAAAGGUUAGAAAGCCUUCACUAGGAAAUUCCACCUCAUUCAUUACCAGAAAGUCCACAAUGAAGAUGAAGUGGGUGCCUUUAAUGUGGAGAAUUCUUCAAAUACAACUCAACCUUAUUAAACAGAGUUCACAGUCAUAAAAACCUUACCAGCUCAGAGAAUGUGGUAAAUUCUUUAGGUACUACCCCAAACUCCCUACACUGGAGAAGCAACUUAUCAGCUGAUAUUGGCGUGGGUCUUAUGAGUAUAGAAAAUAUUAGAAACUGUUGGUACAGCUCCCCCCUCAUAGUAUACCAAGAGUUCACACUGAAGGAACGCCUUCUGAGUGCAGUGAAUGUAGCUGAAUCUUUACGUGCAACUUUAGCCCCAGUAUACAUCAGAGAUUUCAUGGUGGAGAAAGACCUUAGAAGUGCAGUGAAUAUGGGCUUAUGUACAAGCACUACUUCCACAUCACUCAGCAUCAAAAAGUUCACACCAGAGGGAGAAGUGCAAAUGGGGAAAGACUUCACAAAACGCCUGCUCCAAUCCUUAAGAACUAAUCCUUUUUUAAAUAAAUAUGCUUGGUUUUUU